AAUUUAGAAAAAAUGGAGCAGGGAAAUCUGACUGUAGAAGAAUUUGUUCUCCUGGGAUUUCUGGAUCUUCCCAAACUGAGAGAAUUCCUCUUUGGGAUUUUCUUAUUCAGCUACAUGAUCAUCCUGGCAGGAAAUGGACUCAUAAUUAUAAUAACCGCAACGGAUCAAACUCUCCACACACCCAUGUACUUUUUCCUUAGGAACCUGUCCUUCUUGGAAAUCUGUUAUACAUCCGUAACUCUGCCCAGAAUGCUGAUGAGUCUCCAGACACAGGAUGGAACUAUUUCUUUCCUUUCAUGUGCUGCACAGAUGUGCUUCCUCCUAAUGCUGGGGGCCACAGAGUGCUUUCUCCUGGCUGUGAUGGCAUACGAUCGUUAUGUGGCCAUAUGUAACCCGCUGAGGUACCCCAUCAUCAUGAGCCAUAAAGCUUGUGUCCUGCUGGCAGCUGGUUCCUGGAUCAGUGACAUUCCGGUCCAGAUAGGGCAGACGAGUCAGAUAUUCUCCCUGCCCUUCUGUAAUUCCAACAAGCUGAACCAUUUUUUCUGUGAUAUCCCACCAGUACUUGAACUGGCCUGUGGGGACACAUCUAUGAACCAACUCUCAGUCUAUGCCGCGGCCCUGCUCUUUGUAACAGCCCCAUUUCUCUUGAUACUCGUGUCCUACGUCAAAAUCAUCUCCACCAUCCUGAAGUUACCUUCAGCCACAGGGAGGCGCAAAGCUUUCUCCACCUGUUCUUCCCACCUCAUAGUUGUCACCUCGUUCUUCGGAUCUGCUAUCAUCACCUAUCUAUGGCCCAAAUCAAGCCACUCAGUGGAUGUCGAUAAAUUUCUGUCUUUGUUCUACACCACUGUGAUACCACUAUUUAACCCCAUGGUAUACAGUCUGAGAAACAAGGAGGUGACUGUUGCCCUGAAAAAGUUUCUAUCACAGAGAUUCGUUAGUUAG